AAAAACAGCUGAUUCUUUCGCGUAGCAGCACAUGUUUAUACGGCGGGUUGUAUAAUUUUCCUUCAUUUUCGAAAACUAUUGCAGUUUCAAUAUCCAUAUACAGCUGGCUGAAAAAUGGCUGACCGCGAUAGCGCAUCUGAAAGCGAUUCAAGCUCGAUUGACGGUGGACCAAUUAUGAUGCCACCAUCUCCAAUAACCCGAGAACAGCUUCAGAAAAGAAUCGAUUCUUUGCAACAACAUAACCGCGUUUUAAAAGUAGAACUAGAAACAUACAAGCUUAGAGUGAAAGCACUUCAAGAGGAAAAUCGCAGCCUUCGCCAGGCCUCCGUUAUUAUACAAGCUAAAGCUGAACAAGAAGAGGAAUUCAUCAGUAAUACGCUUCUGAAGAAAAUACAGGCACUGAAAAAAGAGAAGGAGACAUUAGCCCAUCAUUAUGAGCAGGAAGAAGAGUGUUUGACGAAUGACCUAUCCCGAAAGUUAAAUCAAUUGAGACAAGAGAAAUGCCGCUUGGAGCAGACACUUGAACAAGAACAAGAGUGCCUUGUGAAUAAACUUAUGAGAAAAAUCGAAAAACUGGAAGCAGAAACUCUUGCAAAGCAGAGUAAUUUAGAACAGUUGCGCAGAGAGAAAGUAGAGUUAGAGAACACUCUAGAGCAAGAGCAAGAAGCUCUAGUUAACAAAUUAUGGAAACGAAUGGAUAAACUUGAAGCAGAGAAAAGAAUGCUCCAAAUUAAGCUAGAUCAACCUGUGUCGGACCCUACUUCCCCGAGAGAAAUCAACAAUGGAGACACUGCUACAAAUUUGAGCACGCACAUUCAAACUCUGAGAAGCGAGGUUGCAAGACUCAGGCAUAAUCUGUUGAUUUCUCAGCAAGAACAUACUGAAAAAAUGCAACGAUACGUGAAUGAAGAAAAGCAAAUAAGAGAGGAGAACUUGAGGCUCCAGAGAAAACUCCAACUCGAAGUAGAACGACGUGAGGCAUUAUGCAGGCAUUUAUCUGAAUCCGAGUCAAGUUUGGAAAUGGAAGAGGAGCGCCAUUACAAUGAAAUUGUUAUGUCCGGUGGAAACAUAAGGAAUCGCACUGUGUCCAGUCCUGUUCCCUACAAUCCUUCACCAAGCUCUUCAAGACCUCUCAGCCCAGGCAUCAAUAUAGCGGGAUCAACGUCACGAGACAGUUUUAAUGCGAAUCGAUGCUAUGCAUGUGGUCAACCAGUUAACCUUCCUUUCUCGAGUUCAUCACCUCCUUCAGGGGGCCACAUAGUGGCAACUUCUGGUAGACGCACAUCAGAUAGAUUCGUUAAGCCAGCGAUCCCACCAACUAUCGUGAGCCCAGGAGGAGCUUCAUCAGCUAACCCAGCGCAGGUAAAUGUAACGGGAGGAUGUCCGAUGGAGAUUGCUAAGACAUAAGUUGGUCAUUUUUAAUUAAUAUGCCAACUAAUUUUUAAUAUUUUAUGAAAGUUGUAUAUGUGCGUACAAAAUAAAUGUGCACAUCAAUGAGUAGCGAGCUCGAAAACACACAGACACGUGACAACAAGGUACUUACUUUAUUAGCAGAUCUUCAUUUAAGAAAAAUGUAUCAGUAGCUUCAUUUCCUCAGUUUAAAAAAGAAAAACAUUUUCAAUUUUCACAUAUAUUUCCUGUGCCAAGUGUGCCAGUCUGUUACCUAGGAAAGGUCACUGAGAAAGAAAGUACCAUGUACAUUGUUUCGUACUGUUCAUCAUUGUCUCAAAACAACGUAAGAUACACGAAAGCAGUAUUUACGCUAAUCUAAAUUAAAAUUGGCUUUAUUUUCUUUAAUUAGGAUGUAAAAUAUAAAAAUACUGGCACAUUUGUUUUCUAAUUGUAUUUCCGUAAAUUCAUUAUUACUAAAUGUUAAGAGAAAAACAGUUCAUAUUUACAGAACUCAACGCUAGAAGCGGCAACAAGAAAAAAUAAAUAAUUAUUCGUUUUCGCGUAAAUAUUGCAAACCCUUGUUUAAGCAAUAUUCGUUUUGUUUAAAGGGAUAUGUAUACUCUGCAUAAGUUUCGGAAGAAAGCUAUGCUUUUUAAUGAGUUUAAAAAAAAUGUAUGCGUCAUUCAUUAGUUAAAACAUAUUGAGUUAAAGGUAAAGCAGUGUGAAUUAAAUACAAUGAAAAAUAAAAUUAUAUUUUACUUUGUCUCGAAAUGAAUUAUGAGUAAUAGUAAGCGAAAAAAGAAGCUUUCGUUAAUGCAAAGUAAUCUCUAUAUGUGAUAAUGGGUUGUUCGUUCAACUUCAAGUUGUUUGUAAUAAUGAGAGUUUCCGUUUCGAUAAAAAAUUUUGAUAGCGCAAUUGGAAGAGAUUGAGUCUUAGUUGUUACUUGCGAUGUUCAUAAUUCGUUUCUUCAAUCACUUUUAUGGUAUUUGUCAAAGAUAUAAUUAAUGUUCGUAUUUCCUUGUAAUCGCUAAUAUAUUAUAAAAUUAAUAAAUAAUUUAAAUCAAUUUUUUGGUUCUAAUAUAUCAUGUAAGAGAAAAGGCUCAAUACCUUUAGUGCGUGAAAGGUCUUGCCAAAUGAAUAGAAAAAAACGAAAGCUUCUGUUAUCGAAAUACGAGACUUGGCCUAUAUUAUAUAAGUUACAUUUUAAGAGUACAAUAACGUAGCUACUGCACGAUCCGUUAAUAAAAUACACACAUAUAUCGUCAAAAAUAAUCGCCUAGUCCGUUCUGAUGACUACUGGUUUUUUAACAUUAUAAUUAAAAAGCUUGUUUAUUCAUUGUCAUUGCCAUUUUAUAAAUAUAUGUAUUGUUGGAGUUAACCAAUUUCCUAGAGCUAUUUGUUACAGCCAGUUAUAAACUUCUUAAAAUGUUAUUAAAGAGAUACGUAAAAGAAUGCGAAUAGUAAUUUGCCAUCUUGAAAUUCAACAUAAAAACAAUAGCAAUUAAAGUGUUCGUAAAACAGAGAAACUACUUUUUAUAUGUUACGUUCUUAACAACGUUAGGUGUGCAGAAAACGUUUACUGCUGCUUCUAUACACCUUAAAAAUUAUAAUAUUGCAGUAAGUAUAGUAUAUCAAUUUACCUUUGUGAAAGGAAGACAUACAAAGUUAUGAACCCUCAUCUUAGUAUUUUUUACUUUUUUUAAAUAAAUAAUCAGCAUUGUAUUACAAGAGCCAAAUAAACUUACAUAAAAUUUCUCUUUAAUUUUAUAUUUUAGUGUGCAUGGGUUUUAAUACACUUAUGAUCUAAAGUUUUAUGGAAAAU